AUGAAAUCAAGAAAGACAUUAUUACAGAAAUAUGUACCUUUGAAGAUUGUGAAGGUCUUUUUGCAGAUGUUGUCUUCCUGCUUGAUGGAUCAGAAAGUGUUAGUGCUAAGGACUUUGAAAAUAUGAAGGACAUAAUGGAGCUUGUGAUAGAUAAAUUUGCAAUUGGACCGGACAAGGAGCGUGUUGCGGUUGUUCAGUACGGCACAGACCCAAAUGAGGAGCUUUCCUUAAAUAAAUUUGACGAUAAAGCUGUAUUAUUACAGAAAAUCAGAAAUAUCAAACAGAUGAAUGGAAAAACGUAUACUGGAAAAGCACUUACAGAAGUAUUACAGUCUUUUUUUGACAUUUCUAAAGGAGGACGAUCCAAUGCUCUGAAGUUCUUGAUAGUUCUUACGGAUGGAGAGAGUAGGGAUGAUGUAGCUGAGCCUGCUAAAGUCUUGAGAGACAAUUCCAUCAACAUUAAUGCCAUUGGUAUGAGACAUGCAAACAGAUCUCAGAUUCUUGCCAUUGCUGGAUCCCAUGAUGGAGUGUUCUUUGAAGAUGCCGUUGCAUCCCUAAAAGAAUUGAGCAAUGACGUCCUUCUCAAGAUCUGCAACACGGAAUGCAAGAGACCCGAACUGAUUGACAUAAUCUUCCUUGUUGACACCUCUGGAAGUCCCAGUAAAGAUGGUUUUCAGGAAAUGAUAAACUUAAUGAAAUAUACGGUAAGCAAAUCUGUGGUUGGAGAAAAACGGGUACGAUUUGGCGCCGUCACCUACUCUAAUAACCCUCGUUCAGAGUUCACACUAAAUAAGUACUACAGUCAAACUGAUAUUCUGAGGGUUAUCUCAAACCUCAAAGCUUCAGGAGGAACCAGAAACACAGCCCAAGCCCUGAACUAUGCACUCUCCUACUUUGGUGAUACACAUGGUGGACGACGAGCAAAGAAUGUUCCCCAAGUGCUAUUCCUGAUAACAGACGGCAAGGUUAAUGACUUAAGUGGUCUGGCAACAUGGCCUGAAUCACUGACAAAUUCAGAGGUCAACUUUUUUGCUAUUGGUACCGAAGAUGCCGAUGAACAACAGCUAAAGGAGAUGGUGGAAAAUAAAGGAAGAGUGCACUAUGCAAACACCUACCAGGAUCUGCGUGGACUACAAAAACGGAUCACCCAAGAGCUCUGCAAUCUUACCAAACCAAUUUGUGAGAUGGAGGUAUCAGACAUUGUUUUUUUAAUUGAUGGAUCAGAGACUAUUAUGGAUGCAAGUUGGAAUACUCUCAAAAAAACCAUGAUUGGCAUUGUGAAAGAGCUGGAUAUUGCUCAAGACAAAUGGCGAGUGGGUGUUGCCCAGUUCAGCCGUGAAUUCCAGAAGGAGUUUUACCUGAACAACUACACUAGUUUUACAGAAGUGGAGAAAGCUAUAAAUUACAUUGUACAACAAAAGCAGGGCACAAGUACUUGGGACGCCCUGAGAAAUAUUAGAUACUAUUUCACAAAAGAGAAUGGAUCCAGAAUAGAUGAUGGAGUCGCUCAGAAUCUCCUGCUGAUCACAGAUGGAUAUGCUAAUGAUGCAAAGGACUUGAAUGCAUUAAGUUAUCUCAAAAACAAGAACAUAUUAAUAACUGUUAUUGGGGUUGGCAAUGAUAUAAAGAAAUCUGAGCUGCGUGAAAUAGCUGGAUCACCUGAGCGGGUCCUUAUUGAGACUUUUGAAGGCCUUAAACUGAAUACUACCAUAAGGAAAGUGUUACAUUUACUCUGUACAGUCACAAGACCAGAACCAUCACCCCCAUAUGGUUGCGAUAUUGACAUUGCCUUUGGGUUUGACGUGUCCAGACGAACAAUCACGGAAACUCUGUUGACACCUCAGGUGGAACCGUUGGUUACUGCAGCCAUUCACCGUAUCUCUAUGAUCGGUGAUCUAUGCUGCAUUGAAAAGGAAAAUAUUACAACUAGAUUUGGCUAUAGGCUUGUGUCUGGACGAGAUGGGAGUGUUCUGGAAAAUUUUGGAUUUGAGGAGUACAAGGAGGAUGUGGUCAAGAAAGUGAUGUUAUUGCGACCUACGGCGCCCCUGGCUUUCAACGAGUUCCUGUUAGAAUCCUUCAGAGAAAUGUUUGCCUCCUCCAGUGUUAAGGUUUUGAUAAUCUUCACAGAUGGGCUAGAUGAUAACAUCCAGCGUUUAAUGGCGAGUUCAGGGAGACUUAAGGAAAGUGGAGUCAGCGCACUGUUGAUUGUGUCUUUGGAGGGAAUAAUGGACGUUCACCAGCUGGAAUUUGGCAGGGGUUUUGGCUACAUGCAGCCACUGACCGUCAACAUGCUAAAUUUAGGCAACGAUCUUAUGAAACAGGUUGAAACAGUGGCACUGAGGAAAUGCUGUGAUGUACAUUGUUCAUGCACCGGUGUUCCUGGACCACGAGGACCCCCUGAAAGUGCAGGGCAAAAGGGCCUUACUGGUCAGAACGGCCAUCCUGGAUUUCCAGGAGAUGAAGGUAGUAUGGGAGAGCAAGGAUCACCAGGGCUGAAUGGAACUACGGGACAUAAAGGUUGCCCUGGAAACAGAGGAAUCAAGGGCCAGAGAGGCUACACUGGAAAAAAAACCAAGAUCUUGAUGCUGAAAUUUGGUUUCACUUUCUUGAACGUUGCAAGAUGCGGACUGAGAGGAGAUCCUGGUGCACCAGGAAUAGACAACACAAUUCUAGGUCCAAAAGGCAAGAGAGGAGAUACUGGGCUUCCGGGUGACCAGGGCCCUAUUGGACCCCCAGGCAGACUUGGAGAUAACAGUGAUCUUGGUGCUCCAGGAAGAAAAGGCCGACCAGGAUUGCCGGGUGCAUCUUCAAAUGAAAAAGGAGAAGCUGGACAGCCAGGGCCUCCUGGUUACCCUGGACAAGUGGGACAACCAGGCCCAAAAGGGUUUCAGGGAGACAGUGGUCCUCCAGGUGUACCUGGGAUUCAGGGUACCUUUGGCUCACCUGGACCUGAAGGUUCAAAGGGAGGUCGAGGACACAGAGGGCCAAGGGGUCCACCUGGUGACUCAGGACCCAAGGGAACGCUGGGACCAGAGGGAUUCAAAGCGCCUCCAGGACAAGAUGGAAGAGACGGGUAUGGACUUUCUGGGCCUAAAGGACACAAGGGAAACAUUGGAUACUUUGGCCUCCCUGGUUUGCAGGGUGAGGAUGGCACCAAAGGAUCCAGUGGAAGUAAAGGACAUACAGGUUAUCGAGGAAAACCGGGAAACACUGGUCGUCUGGGUCCUCCAGGUGCUCCAGGAGAGAACGGGAUGGACGGACACAGGGGUGAAAAAGGACCUCCUGGAAUCAGUUCAAUGCCUGAAUGUGACCUGGUCAAAUACAUCCGCAAAAACUGUCCUUGUUGCUCCGAUAAUGGUAGCCGGUGUCCAGUUUACCCCACAGACCUGGUGAUAGCAUUGGACAUGUCUGAGGGUGUGACUCCUCAGGUGUUCGAGCGAAUGCAUUCUGCUGCUCUGUCCUUACUGGAAGACAUUUCCUUUGCUGAAACAAAUUGUCCAUGUGGAGCGCGAGUGUCUGUGAUCUCCUACAGCAGCAAGACCAGGAACCUGAUCCGUUUCGCAGACCACCUUAAGAAGACGGCCCUUCUGGAAGCUGUAAAAGCAGUCGCUCUAGAAAGAACCACAAAAACCAGAGACAUCGGACAAGCCAUGAGCUUCGUGGCCCGGAACGUCUUCAAACGUGUCCGAAAGGGCAGGCUUAUGAGGAAAGUGGCCGUGUUCUUCACAAACGGGCCAUCGAGGGAUGAAUCCAGCCUUGCAACAGCCAUGCUGGAGUUCAAGGCUGCAGACAUUGGCCUCGGGGUGAUCGCCUUAAAUCCUGCUGAUGAUGUGAGCCGAGCAAUGCAGGUUGAUGACACAGGAAGCUACAUUGUUGUUGAUGGCAGAGGAGUAAAUCGCAUUAAACGGUGCAUCGUUUGUUUUGAUCGUUGUAACCCAGACCCAGUGUGUGGUGUAAUUCUGCGCCCUCAGCCCCUGCAGAUGGAUUUGGACCUGUCUGUGCUGCUGGAUGGGUCUGAUAACCUGAACACUCAACAGUAUGUAAAUGCGAAGGAGCUCCUGCUGUCUCUGUUGGACCAGAUCGGUGUGAGCAGCGAGCCGAGCAGAGCAGACGGGGAAACCAGAGUGUCCAUCUACCAGCAGAGCUCUAUUUACGGCUCCUCUUACAUCAACGAGGAGUUCAGCUUCACUAAAUUUAAAGAUCGCAAUAUCAUGAAGAGGCAUAUUACUAAUACAGUGAAGCAAGUGGGCGGGACAUCCCAUCCUGAGUUUGCUUUGGAGUGGCUAAUUACUAACGUUAUCCUUAAAGCAGAAAGGCCACGAAGCAAACGAAUGGUCAUGGCUGUUUUUGGUGAAGACUCUGAGCACAGCAAAGCGCAUCUUGAUUAUUUAUCUAGAUUGUGUAAGUGCCAGAAUGUUGUUAUGUUUAUCCUCAUGGCGGGACAGAGAUUCGACUGGACCCGGAUGGAGGAGCUCACCAGCUCUCGUCUGGAGCAGCACCUGGUAUUCCUGGAUGACAGAGAUUACAGCACACGCUUCGUUUACGCCUUCCUGCAUAUGCUCCACAGAGGAAUCUUACCCCGGUCAUCAAUACAGCCUCGUGACUGUCGUAGUUUUGUGUUGAGACCUGUUGAAUCUGGACAAAAAACCACAGAGAGAGACAUUCUGCCCACUAAAGCACCCACCGAAGAGCUCAUUGAAACAGAGGAACCUCUGGAAGAUUAUGAAGAUGUUUAUAAUGAGCAAAACAUAGAACCAAUCACUGAACCCAGUCAACCUGAUGACACUGAACGAUUUACAGGAGAGCACAAAGAGGACCAUACCGAGCCCCCGAAGACUAAAGGUGGUGAAUCCAAAUUUUACUGCCCAAUUAAAUCCCUCAUAUAG